AUCACAUGGACCACGGCCCAUACGCCAUAGAUAUCUUUCAAAUAUACACCGAUACACGUAUGGUUCUUGUCUUUUUCCGUUGUGUGCGAAGUCACUCUGCAAGUCAACCUCCACAACAAAGCUAUGGAUGAGGAAGUCGUCGUUAACUGGUCCGAUCUUCCGGACGAAAUCUUGCCGUACAUCGGAAAAAGCCUCGACGCGGGCAUCGAUGUUCUCCGAUUUCGCAGCGUCUGUACUUCAUGGCGAUCCUCGAUCCCUUCCUCACGCGAGAUAUCUCCUUGUUUCCCUCUCCCUUUUCCUUACGCCGACAGAAGCGGAAACGCCGUCGACGCCUUUGUCUCUCAGAGUACCAUCUACCGCCUUGAACCUUCCGACAAGAAUCCAAACCCUUCAGCGUCUUCUUCUUCUUCGUCUUCUCCAAAAGGGUGGUUGAUUAAGGUUGAAGAGUCAGAAACGGGUCAAAUACGCCUAUUGAACCCACUUUCAAGCCUCCACACCGGACUUCUCCCGGCCUCUUUUCCAAAGCUGAUAAACCUGCUGGAUUUUCGGGCUGUCGAGGUAAGCAAAGCAUAUAAAUUUCAAUAUUCUGCUGGAACGCCUAUUUAUGGUGUGAGUAAAGUAGUGCUGUACCCCAACUCUGCUUGGACUAGUGUUAAAGAUUGCAUGAUUUUCGCCAUUUAUGAUGGCGGAAAAUUGGGUUCCGCGAAAUAUGGAGAUCAGAAAUGGACCCUUGUAGAUGAUGAGAAUUCUCAUUACGAUGACAUUAUUGUAUACAAGGGCCAAUUCUAUGUCAUCGAUAGAUUGGGAAUUGUUUUCUGGAUCGAAUGUUCAUCAUUGAAGCUCAUACAGUUUUUCCCUCCGCUAUGCGGUUUGGGCACCCAGAAGCAUUUGGUGGAGUCAUGCGGGGAAUUCUAUGUUGUCGAUAGAUACUUUGACGGGGAACGGAGGUUAUCACGACAUCAUAAUCUCCGUAGAUACCUCGUUUGUUCAAGAACAGUUGAUUUCAAAGUUUAUAAGCUGGAUCAAGAGUGCGGUGAUUGGGUUAUGGUGCAGAGCUUGGGUGAUCGGGUGUUCUUCCUGGGGAAUGAUUGUUCUUUUUCUGUUUCAGCUCGACGAUUCGGUGGUGGGUGUAAAGGGAAUUGCAUUUACUUCAGUGAUGAGAAUGACAUUGGGGUGUUCUACUUAAAUGAUCAUAUGAUUGGGAAGAUUAUAAAUUUCCCAUACCAUCCUCAUAUAUUUUGGCCUCCCCCAUCUUGGCUCACAGCCCAAACGUCUAAAUGAUGAUUGUAGGCAUCGUAGUUUCCUAUUCUCAUACAAAAUCUAAUUUGUUGUACUUUAAGGAUUCAGAUCUUUAGCAGUUUGUUGUCUCGAUUGCUCUGAGAGUUCUCUCACAUGAACUAUCCGCCACAAAAUUGCUGUA